AUGGACGCUGAAAUGGAACUGGACCCCAGCGAACUCCGCGGCACAAAACGGCCAGCUGAAGAGGAUGUCGCCCCCCAGAAGCCCAAAAGGAUUAGGGCACUUGACCCGGAUGUUGUGAAUAAGAUUGCCGCAGGGGAGAUCAUUGUCGCUCCCAUGCAUGCUCUGAAAGAACUGAUUGAGAAUGCUGUGGACGCUGGUUCCACAUCCCUCGAGAUCUUGGUCAAGGAUGGAGGACUUAAGUUGCUCCAGAUUACCGACAAUGGCCAUGGCAUAGAUCGAGAUGACCUCCCUAUCCUUUGUGAGAGGUUUACUACGUCCAAGCUGAAGCAUUUUGAAGACCUUUCAUCUAUUGGAACGUAUGGUUUUCGAGGCGAAGCGUUGGCUAGCAUUAGCCACAUCGCCCAUCUUACUGUGACCACUAAGACGGCGGGCUCCAGCUGUGCAUGGCGAGCCCACUACAGUGACGGCAAGCUUGUGCCUGCUAAACCGGGGCAGAGUGCCGCGCCCAAAGCCACAGCUGGACGCGGUGGGACGCAGAUAACAGUGGAAGAUCUAUUCUAUAAUGUCCCAACUAGACGGCGUGCUUUCCGUUCGGCCAGCGAAGAGUACGCGAAGAUCCUGGAUGUCGUCGGACGGUAUGCAGUCCAUUGCUCCGGAGUGGCUUUCUCCUGUCGAAAACACGGCGACUCAGGCGUCAGCAUCUCAACCCCGGCUGCAGCCAACACCACCGAUCGAAUUCGCCAAAUUCACGGCAGUGCCGUCGCAAACGAGCUCGUGGAAUUUAAGAUCGAAGACGAGAAACUAGGCUUUCGCUCAUCCGGUCUCGUCACAAACGCCAACUACCACGUGAAGAAAACCGUGAUUCUGCUCUUUAUCAACCAUCGCUCUGUCGAAUCAACGGCUGUUAAGCGCGCCAUUGAGCAGACAUACGCCAGCUUCUUGCCGAAAGGCGGCCAUCCGUUUGUCUACAUCGACCUGGAAAUUGAACCGCAGCGAGUCGAUGUGAACGUGCACCCGACGAAGCGCGAAGUGAACUUUCUCAACGAAGACGAAAUCAUCGAAUGCAUCUGCAACGAAAUCAGGUCAAAGCUCGCUCAGGUGGACUCGAGCCGAACGUUCUUGACCCAGACCCUCCUCCCGGGAGUGACAACAAUGGAAUUGCCCUCCCGCGACAACACCGCCGACGCAGGAAGCACUACCCCUAAGACGCCCGCAGCAGCAAAGAAGCCAUACGAGCAUAACCUCGUGCGCACGGACUCCAGAGUCCGCAAGAUCACAUCGAUGUUGACCCCAACUGCACCCCACGAAGCGGUAGAGGAAGCCGGCUCGUCCGUUCUCGACGAGGGUCUACAAUACGAGACUACAGACAGAGAGCCGCUGAAGAUCGCACUUACGUCCGUCAAAAACCUCCGCGCAAGCGUUCGCAACGUAAUGCACAACGCCCUGACGGAGACCAUCGCAUCCCACACUUACGUCGGCCUCGUGGACGAACGACGGCGGAUCGCAGCCAUCCAGUCCGGCGUGAAGCUCUACCUGGUCGAUUACGGACUCUUCUGCAGCGAGUUCUUCUACCAAGUCGGGCUCACAGACUUUGGAAAUUUUGGCGUUAUCAGACUCGACCCAGCACCAAAGCUCAUAGACCUCCUACAAAUCGCGGCCGACGCCGAACGAGAGAGUCGUGAGGCCCGACGUGUCUCUCAACCCGACUCACAACAGACGGCCGAAGAAACCGAGAUCUUCGCCAACGCCCCGGCCAUGGUUGCGAGGACCCUCAUCGACAGGCGCGAGAUGUUAGAGGAAUACUUCUCCAUCCGAAUCUCCGCCGAGGGCGAACUCCUCUCCAUCCCACUCCUGCUCAAGGGCUACGUUCCCUGUCUCGGCAAGCUGCCCAAGUUCCUUCUUCGAUUGGGCCCGUAUGUUGAUUGGACGAGCGAGGAGGAAUGCUUCCGCACGUUCCUUCGCGAACUAGCAGCUUUCUAUACACCCGAACAACUUCCACUUCCUCCAACAGACGGUGCAUGCGGCGAGGUGGACUCUGCUACUGAGAACGCUGGCCGUCAGACUGGAGUAGAGGAAGACGAUAUGGUCAAGCAACGUCGACUCCAGUUGGCGCGAAUGUUGGAGCACGUCAUUUUCCCCGCUAUUCGGAGUCGGCUAGUUGCUACAACGCGACUACUCCACGGGGUGGUGGAAGUGGCUGAUCUGAAAGGGUUAUAUCGUGUUUUCGAGCGCUGCUAA